CAGAGCAACAUGGCAGGAGAAGGAGACAAAGCACCCAAGAAGGGAAUGAAGAAGGCAGUGACUAAGGCUGCCAAGGGCACUAAGAAGAGGAGGAGGACCAGGAAGGAGAGCUACGCCAUUUACGUCUACAAAGUCCUGAAGCAGGUCCACCCCGACACUGGGAUCUCCUCCAAGGCCAUGAGCAUCAUGAACUCCUUUGUGAAAGACAUCUUUGAGCGCAUCGCCUGUGAGGCCUCUCGUCUGGCUAAAUACAACAAACGCUCCACCAUCACCUCCAGAGAGAUCCAGACCGCCGUCCGCCUGCUGCUGCCCGGUGAGCUGGCCAAGCAUGCUGUGUCUGAGGGCACCAAGGCUGUGACCAAGUACACCAGCUCCAAGUAAA